UGUACACCUGAAACUAGAAUUCAAAAUGAUCUGCAAAUAACUCAGGUUCUGACUCAGGCUCUCUGAAUCAAUUCAUACAAUUUCAAAAGAAGUAUAAAUAAAAACAUCACUGAUUAAUAAUAAAAUCAUACAAACAAUUUCACUAGGUUAAUAAAACCAUAAAUUUUAAUAACAAAAAAAUAAAAAAAUGUCUCAUACCGUAAAAAUAUAAUUUCUAAGCAUAAAUAUCGCUCGUAAAAAAUUUUUCAAAAUACAACAAUCAGCAAAAAAUUAAUCAGCAACGUGCGUUCUCAAAGAAUCCAGUGAAUUGCAGCUGUAAUUCCUAACCAACUUUUUUCUACGUUGAUCAAAGAACACGUGGUGUUUACAUAAACUCGAAGAAAAUAAUUGACAAAGGCGACUCGAAUAAUUCCAUUUCGUAUUACGCAGUAUGAAAUAUCUAUUCUCGUAUACCAUACAGCCAACUAUUAUUUCCAAGUGAUGUUCUAUGUCAGAUAUAUAUUUCGUGAGAAUUUAAUUCCGCGCAGCGUACAGUCAGCCGAUACCGUAAUGCACUCAGCCAACCCAACCUUUAUUCGUAACAAUUCUCAUAUUACAAUCGCACGUACAUCUUUGAUGUUUGAUAUAAAACUAUUUGAAGUCACAAGCAUUCAGAUAAUAUUGAACAAUGCGUAAUGUUAUCAUUCUUGAUCAAUGGCCGAACGCGACUUGUACAUUUUCCGAUCGCAGCGCCUCCACCGGCAGUGCCGGCUAACUAAAAUCAUCUGUUACACGUUCCCAAUGAUUUAGUCAUCGAUCUGGUGAAAUCUUACACCCCCUGCCUGUCACUAAUUACUCAUUAGAGGUCAGUACGUUAACGAACACGCGAGCGAUAUCAUGCAUCUGACAAAGUGCUGUCUGGCUAUCGUAACGAUUUCAUUGGUGAAAGUCAGUGGAGAUUUGUCAGAUCGUCAAGAGCAAAGUGUUGAAAGUUCGUUGAACCAGAAUGAAAACUCCACCCCUUAUUGGGAAUAUAUUUUAAGGGAGUUUGUAUUCAAAACAAUCUCACCACCACCGCCAGCCAACAAUGCACUGUAUCGUCGAUUAUUGGAAGCGCCAUUCUACUCUGGACCACUUCCUUCACUGGCUGAUCAAGAUUCGAUAAUUUUAUCUCGAGGAGAUGUCUUCUACCUGCCAAACGGACGUUGGAUUCUCUGUCAGGAGGGUUGCACGAAUUGUGGAGUUUGUGCGGAGCAAAGCAACCCUACGGUAAAAUGGACGUUGAGAAGGUUGAAGCGUAAAUCAUCAUUGAGCACAGUCAGAUACGAUCUUCAAUUAACGAUCGUACCUCAAGUUGAUGAGAGUUAUCACAUGAAGAAUCUCUGGCCACGUACCUACGUCUACGUGACGACACUGAACGACCAGGAGAAAAGACCUUUGCAUGAUAAAUCGUCAGAUUCUUUUAAUCCGUACAGCAUCACUGGUCCAGGUCAACUGGUAUCGGACGAAAAUACCCAUAAUAUUCUUAUCGACGAGGAAGCUGGGGACGGAUUAUUUUCAUCGUCAAAAAAAAAUAAGAAAAAUUCGAAAAUCUCACAGACCAUCGAACAGGAUGCUGAGAAUUCGGCUGUUGGUCCAGAAUUAAAUUUUAAGGAUAAAAUUGAAGAGGAUUCCGUGGAUCAGACGUAUCUGCGUAGAAAUAUUUACGAUAGGAGAUAUCGGUCGCGGGAUAAACCUUCGGGACAUCCUGGACCUCUGACCCUCAAUCAGCCUCUUGGAUUAUUCAAUGCAUCCGACCCAAUCGAAUCUGACGUGGAUUCCACGAAUCCGCGUGUUAUACUGGGAACUGAUCAACUUGGGCAGAAGCAUCUGGUGCACAUAGUGCCGGGAGAUAAUAAAUCUGCAAACAGUACAGUCGAAUCUUAUGGCAAUGAUCCUGUGCAGAUGAGUGUCGACGAUAACAAUAAUAAUAACGAUGAGAUCAUCAGUGCAAAUGAUAAGGACGAAUUUACACUCAAACAUCCUACGUACGAUAAGGUCGUCAGAAAAGUAUUGGAUUCAUUGAACAGUCAUCGAUUGGCUAUAGAAAAGUUUUUUGUUUCGAAAAACAAUGAUGGUAAUUUUGUAAAUAAUUUUUCACUCAACAAUCUCAAGUUGAACGAAUUAAGAAAAAGAGAUGAUUCUACUUUUCACCUGAGCACUGAAUCAUAUAACAAUGACAUGAACGAUGCCGAACGAUCGACGAUCGUUAACGAUUGGAGAAGUUUGAUUAAUCGUGAUAACGAUAAUACGGGUGAAAAGUACAAAGUACCGGAUUCUGGUAAUUUCAGGACCGAGGGUAAAAUAAUUUUUGAAAAAGAACCAUUAAUCGGUCCGGAUCUUUUGAUGGAAUCAGUUAAUAAAGACUCCGACGAGAUUCUCAUGACGGAACCUAAGGAGUAUGACGAUAAUUUUCAAAAACUCAUGACCCAUCAGAGAUACGCGUUUCCGCCCGUAAUUUCGAAUUGGACGGAUUUUAGAAAUUCUGAAAGAGGACGUAUAACCACUUCGUCCAAUCUCAUGGGAAGAAUCAUGGGCUACGAUCAUGAUAACGCUACGGAUUUUUUACGUGAUAACAAAUUUGUAUAUUAAACAAGAAAAUGUAAAAUAAAAUUCAUCCCCAUAAAUAAAA